UACAUUUACAUUUCAGCUGCUAUUAUAAACUUGAGCGCUCUCUCUCUUCUCUUCCUCCCUCAUUUUCCGAAUAGUUUGCAGGCUACCACUCGCCGGAAUCUCGUCGGAAAAUAAACCACAAUUAUACCCUCUGCUUCACAAUCUUGCUUUCUUUUCUUAAAGAUAUAUUAUACACCCUUUAAGCGUAACUCUGCAGUUACCACCGUACAAACUGAGCUUCUUUCUUUUCCAUUUCUUGAGAGCUACAGCUUAAGUUCUUCCAUAUAAUUUCUGGGUUUUGUUCAGUUUCUCAAAUGACAAGAUUAGGUGUUUUUUCUUUUUCUUGGGAGAUUAAAGUAAUCACAUCACAACAUAAAGUAGCUAGCUGCAGGUGUAUUAUUGAUUGAUUAUUUUAGUUACAAAAGUUAAUAAAAUCAAGAAAAGGUUUUUCUUUUCUUUUGUUUAAGAGUUUCAAGGCCAUUCUUGAUUAACUUAAUCAAGUUUAAAGAAUCCACUUGUCUGUUAUAGAGACAGCACUGUUAAAAUCUUCUUCUUUCUUUCUUUUUUCUUUAAGCUUCAUUACAUUUUUGGUACAACAGAUCAAGCGUUGAAUUUUAAAUCUUCUUGGUUUUAGUGGGUUUGGUGAAUUGGAGGGAAAAAAAGAAAAAGAAAUGUUAAAAAUGUGUAAGCAGGAGAAUUCUGUUAAAGAAUGGGAGAUGAAAGUGAAGCUUCUGGGAGAUGGGAAAGUUGAAAAGUUGAAGAAUUCAAUGGUUUCAUCAAGGUCUCCAAUGAAGCUAUGGAUUUUGAGGGCAAUUACAACAGCUUUGCUAUGGACUUGUGUUGUUCAGUUAAUGGCAUUAGGAGAGCUAUGGGGUCCUAGAUUGUUGAAAGGUUGGCCUUCUUGUUUUAGUCAUCCUGAUGUUGAAUUACACUCUGUACCUGCCAAAGUUGUUCUUCCUCCAAAGAGGGUUUAUAAGAAUAAUGGGUAUCUUAUGGUUUCCUGCAAUGGAGGACUCAACCAAAUGCGAGCAGCGAUAUGUGACAUGGUUGCUAUUGCAAGAUAUCUAAAUGUAACCCUUGUUGUGCCAGAGUUGGAUAAAUCCUCAUUUUGGAAUGACCCAAGUGAGUUCCAAGACAUAUUUGAUGUUGACCAUUUCAUCACUUCCUUGAGAGAUGAGGUUCGUAUACUGAAAGAGCUACCACCCAGGAUCAAAAGACGAGUUGAACUGGGAAUGUUCUACUCAUUGCCACCCAUUAGUUGGUCGAACAUAUCUUACUACCUUCAUCAGAUUCUACCUCUGGUGCAGAAGUACAAGAUUAUACAUUUGAAUAAGACCGAUGCCCGUCUUGCUAAUAAUGGACUACCUCUUCAGAUUCAGAAGUUGCGCUGCCGUGUAAAUUUUAAUGCUCUGAGGUUUACACCACAGAUAGAAGAAUUGGGCAGAAGGGUUGUAAGGAUUUUAAGGGAGAAAGGCCCCUUUCUCGUCCUUCAUCUAAGAUAUGAAAUGGAUAUGUUGGCUUUCUCAGGCUGCACUCAAGGUUGCAACGAUGAGGAGAUUGAGGAACUGACAAGAAUGAGAUAUGCUUACCCCUGGUGGAAGGAAAAAGUUAUAAAUUCUGGACUGAAAAGGAGAGAAGGCUUGUGCCCUUUGACACCUGAGGAAACUGCUCUGGUAUUAAGUGCACUAGGCAUUGAUCAUAAUGUUCAAAUAUACAUUGCUUCUGGAGAAAUAUAUGGUGGAGAAAGAAGAAUGAAGACUUUGUCAGCAACUUUCCCUAAUGUGCAGGUCAGGAAAGAAACUCUACUGGAAUCAUCAGAUUUGAAGUUCUUUCAGAACCACUCCUCUCAGAUGGCAGCAUUGGAUUAUCUGGUAUCCCUGGAAGGUGACAUAUUUGUUCCUACAUAUGAUGGCAAUAUGGCUAAAGUUGUUGAAGGCCAUCGCAGGUUCUUAGGAUUCAAGAAGACUAUUUCGUUGGACAGAAAGCUUCUAAUUGGCCUAAUAGAUCAGUACAGCAAGGGAUCAUUGAGCUGGGAUGAGUUCUCUACUACUGUGAAGGAAACUCAUGCUGAUCGGAUGGGGAGUCCCAAGGCUCGAGUUGUCAUAGCAGAUAAGCCCAAGGAAGAGGAUUAUUUCUAUGCCAAUCCACAUGAGUGUUUGCAGUUGUUAGAUGAACCAUUGAGUAGCACAUGAGCCUAGUCAUGCCAAUAAUAUUGGUCAUCCUUACAUAUUGGUGCAUCUACUUAUUUAUCAAAGGAGUACUGUUCCUCAAAUAGGCCUGGAAGAACUAGGAGAUUGACCCUGGGCCUCUUCCUUGUCAGCAUCACCAGAAUAUUUAUAAUCGUUCAUUCUUGAAUAACCUGAAUGUGUAUAGAGUGAAAAGAAAAAUAUGCACCACUAUCAAAGGCUAAUGUUCGGUUAACUGGAUUGUAGAGAAGACAAAGGAUAACAUUUUCCCAGAUGGGAAGAUUUUGGGAUCCCACACUUCCCUCUUGUAAUGAUUUUUUACAAAAUCAACUGUAAUGAACAUUAGCACUCCCUCUUUCUCUACUUUGUAUCAGAAGUACAUGUGCUUACAGAAAACAAACAGCAGCAGUUAUGGCUAUCUAAUUGCAACUGUAGCAACAGCCAUGGUUGAUUGCACCUUCAAGAAUAAUAAACCAAUAGAUAAGGAGACAUCUUUUCUCAUUAUUGUUCA